AUGGCAACUAGAUCAAUUCUUCUAUUUCUAUUAUUGAGUCUCCCGGUCUCACUAUCGUUCGUUACUAGUCGCACGCGCGGAAUUUCCUCUUCAAGCCAGCGGACGACAAUUCUUCCUGGUACGGCCGCGAGCAACUUGGACGAUGCGGUGUUAGACUCAAUAUUAGAAACAGCAGUCGAUGCUUCCAAGGCUGCUGCAUCAAUCAUCCGAGAGAAUGCGGAUGGUUCUGCUGUCGUUGAAAAGAAGUCUACAACUCGGGAUCUUUUGACGCUCAUUGAUCCUUUGUGUGAAAAGGCAAUUCGAGAGAAAGUUGUAGAAAACUUUCCAGAUCAUGGUAUUUUGGGUGAAGAGGAAGUCAAGCCUGGUAUUCAAGCUUCUAUUGAUGCGCUAGAAGCGAAACUAUUGGAUUCUGAUUGGCUUUGGAUUAUCGACCCGAUUGACGGGACAACCAAUUUUGCAUCUGGGAUCCCCAUCAACAUGCCAAGCAUCGCUGUCGCAUAUAAAGGAGAAGUGAUGGUUGCGGUUCUCAAUGACCCUCAUCGAGACGAACUUUUCACUGCCGUCCGGGGUAGAGGGGCUCGUCUGAAUGGAGAUCGAAUUCAUGUGGGACUACAGGAAACCCUGGGCGAAGCUGUUGUUGGCAUGGAAUCCCCAGCUGGUGAAGGAAGUUUGCAACAGUGCUUACAGGGCAUUGAGCCAUUGAUGAAAAGUGUCAGAACUGUCCGAAUGCUUGGCAGCUCUGCUGUUUUCCUGCCGUGGGUUGCAAAUGGUCGGCUGACGGCUUAUUGGACACCAGACGAAUGUGCUUGGGAUAUCGCUGCAGGGUCUCUGAUGGUUCAAGAAGCAGGUGGAAAGUGUACGGACAUUCUUGGGAAUGAGUACAAUCUAAGAACACGAAAUCUGAUAGCGAGUAACGGAAAAAUACAUGACAGUCUACUGACGGUACUUCGAGAAGAUGCUUCUUUAAGUCCACUUGUAUAA